UAAACUUAGUCUUCACCAGCCGCUGAACUGGACAGGUCCGUCAGCGAAAUAAACCUCCUAAACCCAAGAUUUCAACCAACAAGACUUCCCGUUAAAAACUCCCUGCAAGCCAUGGCUAAGCCCAGUUCACGAGUGCCUCUUCCGGUGUGCCAAGUGUUAAUCCUGCUCGCGAUAUGCAGUUCCACCGCCAGUGGUAGCGCCCUGGAACGGUACCGUAGCCUGAUACGCAACCAGUCCGUGCCCAUAAAUCUGGAAGCGUUCCCGGGGGAGCUGUGCAUGCGGAGCUGCGAGGACACCCUGCCUCGCGUGUGCUACUUCAACUGGGUGCUGGAACACUAUCACGCCAUGGGACCCGCCUGCAAAUCUUGUGCCGACGGGAAUCACCGCGACUGCUACCACCACGCGUGCCUCACGGCGGACGGAGUCGAGCGGGGUGUAAUGUCCAUCAACCGGCAGAUUCCGGGCCCGCCGAUUCAGGUCUGCAAGGACGACCUGAUCGUGAUCGACAUGAUGAACGCCAUGGGCGGUACGGCAACGGCUAUGCACUGGCACGGCCUGCACCAACGGGACACCCCCUACAUGGACGGAGUUCCGUUUGUGACGCAGUGUCCGAUCGAGUUCAUGAGCACCUUCCGGUACUCGUUCUGGGCCACCGAACCGGGGACGCAGUUCUACCACUCGCACGCCGGUCACCACAAGGUCAACGGUCACUACGGAGCCAUGAUCAUCCGCCAGCCGGAGGUCAACGAUCCGAACGCCCAUCUGUACGACUUUGACCUACCAGAUCAUACCAUACUGGGCUCCGACUGGAUGCACGUGGACGGAGAAAUGUUCAUGCCCGGACUACCCUCAAGCGGGGGCAUUCUCCCCAAGAACCUGCUCAUCAACGGCAAGGGGACGUACACGCACGAGAACGGCACCGCAACCAACGCCCCGCGGGAUGUGUUCCGGGUGCGCAAGGGUGGUCGCUAUCGGUUCCGGUUCAUCAACGCCGCCAGCCACGUCUGCCCACUAGAGCUUCAAAUCGAAAACCACCCUCUUCAGAUCAUCGCCAGUGAUUCCUUCAACGUGCAGCCCGUCACGGUAAACACGCUCGUUACGACGUCUGGCGAACGGUACGACUUUGUGGUGAACGCCGACCAACCCUCCGCCAAUUACUGGAUCCGGCUGCGGGCGAUUGGACCUUGCGAUUAUCUGAACAUCGACCAGACCGCCGUCCUGUCUUACUUGCCGUUUUCCGUCCCCGAGGAGGAGCUGGCCUUCACCGACCGGGAGUUUCCGGCCUUCUCGGAGUCGCUGUUUGAGGAAACCAUUUCGGCGAAUCAUCCCAACACAACCUGUGGCGUCUCGAAACCGGACGUUUGCAUCACCGAUUUCGAAGCCCACUCGAGGGACGACAGCAUCGUUAACGGCGUUCCGGAUCACAAGUUCAUUCUGGGAUUUGAAAACUAUCGGAUGACCUUUGACAAGACAUUCGGCGAAAACAGUUACGAGCAUUUUAUGAACAUCCACGAUGACAUCAACCUGCAGGGUGCCAUCAACAAUCUCAGCUUCACGUAUCCCCCUUUCUCGAUGCUUACCCAACCCGAACUGCUCCGCGAGGACAUGUUCUGCGACGAGCACACCCGACCUGCCCAUUGUGACCAGAGUGACAGCCACUGCACGUGCAUCCACCGGCUCAAGAUCGAGCUGCACUCGCUCGUGGAGCUGUACAUCCUGGAUCUUUCCCCGGAUGUGAACCCCCUGAACCAUCCGUUCCACCUGCACGGCUACCAGAUGCACGUGAUGGAGAUGGGCCAGAACCUGGCGGAACCGAUCACGAUCGCCCGAGCCCAGACGAUUGCCCGGGCGCAAUCACUCCGCCGGACCACGGUGACCAACUUCCCACCGAGCAAGGACACCGUUUCGAUCCCCAGCAAGGGCUACACCCGGUUGCGCUUCCGGGCGGACAAUCCCGGCUUCUGGCUGAUGCACUGUCACUUUGAGUGGCACACGGCCGUCGGAAUGGCGUUGGUGGUGCAGGUCGGAGAACCAACGGACUUUGUCCGGGCGCCGGCGAACUUUCCAACCUGUAACAAGUACCAGCCGGACGUGGACGAGGCAAUGUUUCGAUAAUGGUGAUAUAGUGUUGUAGCGAUAUUGAUGUUCUCAUUAAUUUAUACUUUAUUUAAAAUAAAAUCUAGUCAUUUUGAAGCUAA